CGAAAUUUGAAAUGUGUUCAGUGUUGUUUAGAAGUGACUGUUUGUAGUAAGCGCCCAUAGGGGUAAAAGAAAAGAAAAAUCCAGCUUCGCACCGUGGGUUUAAAAAGCACAAACAGCAGGACUUUGGACUCCCAUCUUAUUUGCUGUGGAUGAUGGCUGAUGAUGAUUUCUGCUCAUUGGCUGAAGAGAAGUUUGAUUUUGAAGUUUCACUGUCACCAGCAAGUUCUAAAGGAGAUGAUGUUGAAGAUGAAGUCUUCCUGGGUCCUAUCUCCCAUAAGGAGAUAUGUAUUUCCCAUGGAAUGGCGACCCAAAUAAAAGAAAGUGUGAGCAGUGGGCCGUCUUUGGGUGAGGAGCCCAGUUGGAGCCCGCUGCUUGAGGAAAACUUCGAGGAAAUUUGCAAAGAAGCUCAUCUUUUGGCCAGGCACCUUGAGGGAACUCUUACUGAGCCUGCUGCUAAAGACCCUACAGUUGCUCCCAGUUUGCCCGAAGAUGCAGAAACGUUUGAGAUGGACUCUUCAGCUAAACUGGGCAUGUUCAAGCCAGCUAAUGCACUUAGCCCUAUUAAGAGAGAAACAUUUUGUGUUCAGGACAGCCCUAUGAAACAGCUUCCACCAGCCAUCCAGAAGCAACUGCAGAAGUCUAGCAGUAUAUCUGUAGGCAAACCACGUCUAAGCACCUCCAGCCCUGUGAGAACUAUUGACACUCAACCUAAAAUAGCCUCAAGAGGGAAAAGCCUUGUGCCCGGUGGAAGAGUACUUCCCAACAAACCCACAGCCAUGGGGGGCUCUCGGCUUUCCUCUGGCAUUCGACCAGCACUUUCUAGCAAAACUCGGCUUCCGCCACCCAGCAGUGUAAGCCAGGGUUGUUUUGGGCUCAAACGGAGUCCUGGUAGCAGAGACACAAGCAGAACAGGCUCUGCUGAAGACCUGCUCUCUGAUACAACAAGUGUAGCAUCUGAUAUGAGUGAUUCUUCCUUCAACACAAGCCUGCCGGUAAAGAGGGGUCUUCCAGCCCCCAGCAAGACUGAAUUAAGAGGUGGUGCACCUCUUCGCAAAGUUCCUACGCUACCUAACAGGAGAGUGGUGGACCGAAGCCGAAAUACUUCUUCCUCUUCCUCCUCUGUGUCUAGUAUCAACUCAAGCCUGUCUGUUUCUCCAGCUGGAAAAAGCAAACUGAAUUCCUCCCUGAACACCAGCGUAAGUAGCAUUGGUAGCCGCAUUCCCAGCAGUGGCAGCAGGCUUCCCAGUUCCAACCGAAAGUCAGGAAUUGUCAUCAAAUCUAUGGAAUCCUCUGCUAGAAGAACAUCCUUUUCUGCACAUCUAAGAAAAGGAUCUGAGCCUGUUACUAAACCAGUCAAGGCCACCCCUUUAAAGAGAACAGAGACUGGACCUUCUGUUCAGCACCAAACACCAGCUAAGAGGACUAUUGAGAGGACCACCUCUGUGCCCAGCAUAUCUACACUUGCUACUAAGAAUGGAAGUACUGUUAAGGUGAACAAUAACUUGAAAGCCUUCAUGGCUCCAACUCCAACAACCUCACUGAAAGGAGGACAAAGACCUGAAGUUGUGUCAUCGCCUGAUGUUCCACGAAUUAUGAAACCAAAAAGACUGAUGUCAGCUUGCAGUGUGGACAGUGUUCCACAGAGACUUGUUGUGCCUACACCUCAUGGCCUGCAGACACCUUCAAGUGAAACUCAGAAGCCAUUGCAGUCUAAACUCCGGCGCCCAUCUGCACUACCUACACCUGUAAGCCGCCGUGUGUCUGCCAUCCCCAUGCUGACUCCCAAAAGUGUGCCUCGCCUCAACAAAGCAUCUCGUACCCCUGAGCCACAGUCACCAGCUUCCAGCUCAGGGAAUUGCCAUGCUAGCCCAGGUCAGCUGAUACGGAGUGAGCAGCACCAAUUAGACACGCAAGCAGUGCCCAAGGAGAACUCCUCUGCUUCGGCUGAGUUUCAGCCCUGCUCCCUGGUCUUUACUCUGGAAGAUGACUUUGAUAGACAAACUGCUUGUGAGACUGCAGCAGUGAAGUCUUACAAACCAGUGGCAGAUGACCUGGCACCUCAUCUGCCCAACCCAGAAAAGCCAACGCUUUCAGAGACUGAGAAAACUCUGCACAGCCAUCAGUUUAAGAAGAUAGAAGCACUGGAGGUGAUGCUGGUAGAUGCACCCGCUCCUGUUUUGAAGCCUGAAGAGAAAGUACUCAUUGAUCUUUCCAACACCCCUGACCUGAUCAAAACCAUUCCCAGUAAGGCUUUUAGUGGACAGCUGAUUGAUUUGAGCUCACCUCUUAUAAAAUGGAGUCCAGAAGGAAAAAAGGAAAACCCUGUAACUAACUCGCCUCCACUCAUUAACUUGUCCUUCUGAAAAACCUGCAUUGCAAACUGAGCAAAUUCAAGAAAGAUAAAACUGGAACUACAGAAACACUGUCAUUUGAAAAGGCUAUGAGAACAGUUACUUAAGACUCUAAUAAUAGUAAUAAUAAUAAUAAUAAUGUACAUUUUAUUCAUGCGGUUGAUUGUAUGUUCUAUGAUUGUUUUAUCAUGCUGGAACCUGCCAGUGUUACUCUUUAGAGUAAUUUACUUUUGAAUGUGUCUCUUGGUCAGUCUGUUGUGUUUUUUUUUUUUUUUUUUUUUGUUUUUUGUUCUGUUUUUUCCCCUCCGAAAGGUACAAAUAAAAUGUCUAAUCUAUAAAUGCAGGAGUGUAAACUGAUGUGUCCACAUUGGUGGAUUCCUUGUUCUCUUCUUUUUAAAAGGGAGAGCGUGCAUGUUGCCUUAAAAUGAACUGGACUACUCUCAUCGGGUGCAUAGUUUUUCCAGGAUAGCUUCCAGAUCCACUGAUGCUGGGGAUGAAUGUAUGUACUAUAGACAAAAGGUUCUCAAAGUAAGGCCAAAGAGUCAAAUGAGCAACCCCACCUUUUUACACACUGUGGAAAUUGCAAACAUUGUCCAAUAAUAGUUAUCAAUUUGGUUUCUUUGUAUCAAUUAGAUUUCUUAGAUUUAUUUAAAUGUAAUACAACUUAAAAAGUCAAGAGUCG